AUGGCGGACAAUGUCUCGACAGGGACACAAAAGAAAACACCAAGUAAAAAGCCAAAGAAACCAUACGAGGAAAUUGGUGCCAUGUUUAAUGGAAAUGAGAUAAAGAUCCGGGUACCUAAAAGCACGUCAAAGCCUCCAAAGCUGACUCCAUCACAGAUGAAGUUGCAGCAGGAAUGUACCUGCGAAGAUGAACGGUCUGUCUGCUCUGAAGACUGCGGCAUAACUCGCGGAGCCGACACUGGCAAUAGUCUUGACUUCCAAAUUCCUGACGACCUCUGUGAGGGGCUUAGCAACAGAACAGCGCUGAACUCUGAACUAGUGUACUGCAAGAAAGAAGGACACGACACACUGUGCAAUAUCUGCAACGUCACGCCCAAAGACGCCCCGAGAGGUGUGCAGGCGCAGAAGUUACUGCACCCGGACAAGGAUGUGUUCAUAUUGAAGAUCGGGAAGCAAACUGAUGAGCCUAACCGCACUGGUAAUAUUGAGGUGGAGUUGGUGACACCUCGUGCUCCCGCGAAGCCGAAGCCAGCGAUGCACAGCUGCAAGCUGAUUCAGUGUGAAGAGUACGACAUCCCGUGCUGCAUGACCUGCCGCAACUGUGGUCCUGGCAUCCCCAGGAAGAGAAAAUGCAAACGCAGGUGUUAUUAG